CUCUUUGUCUUGUGUUGAUUUUAUAGCGCUCUCAGUGUGUAGCCUGGUGCUUUAUAUUCCUGCGGCUGAGGCGCCAUCGCAUCAGUUUCAUUUGAACGCUCGACAGGGCGAGUUGUGCAGCAGCAACAACAGCAGAGGAGCUGAGAUAGAGUCAGAAACAGUAACAGCAGUAAACAGCAGCAACAGAACACAUUGAGAAGCAUAACGCUCAACAUUCAAAACAUACUCAACUCAAAAUCUUCUUCAAUCAUCUCAAUCUCAGUGCUCAUGUUGCGCAUCAAAAUCAACAACAUCAUCAUAAAUAGUAAUAAUAAUAAUAAUAAUAAUAACAAUCAAAGUUAUCAGAAACUUGCUAUCAAUACAUUUUUUUAUUGUUUGUUUGUUUAACACUAAAGUGCAAGUGCAGUGCUGAAGAUUUAACAAUCAACUUCUACAACAUCAACACACAAUAUUUAAACAAAAAAUUUGAAUUACCCAUCGAAAACGAAUAAAAACAAUUUAAACAAAUAUUGUAAAAAAAAACAUUUUCAAGUCAAACUAGACAACUAAACAACCAAAUAACUCAAAGUUUAUCACCUUUUCUUAAGUCUGCACAAAUUUGAUUUGUGCUUGUCAGUCUUUUUUUUCGGUGUAAGAAUUUUUUGAUUGUUUACCGCACAAAAUGUGCACAAAAUUCUCAUUGGAUUCGAACGACUGAAAAGUGCGUCGUUCUCAGGACAUUUUUUUAUAACGCAAAAACUUUGAUUAAUUAAAAGUAAAGGGAAAAACAAUACGAGAGCCACAAUAAGAACAACAAUACAACAGGCUCCAUUGCAGAGGCAACCAGUUAUCGUCGAGCGUUGGCAGCGCACGGCCAACGCUUAAGGCCACAACAACAACAACCACAGCAACAAUAGCAACAACAGCAACAACGACAAUGGGACUUUAGCUGCUGGCUGGAAAAAAGUGCGCGAAAAACUUUGUAAACUUUUUUUGUGCUUUUUGCUUUGUUCGGCAAGAUCAUUUCGAAAGCAAAACAAAACAAUUAAAAAAAAGCUAAAGCUAAACAAAAAAUAUAACAACAUUUGCAGCAAAUCAUCGAAAUGGAAUUGAGCAUCGCAAUAUUCAAGCAUUUAGCCAGCUACAACAACAACAACAACAACAGCAACAGCUACUACAAAUCUGCAACAAAUUGUUAUAAAAAGCAGUUCAACAGCAGCUCCACCAAAAACAACGACAAACAGCAACAAACAACUAGCAACAGCAACAACAACAAUAGCACAACGAUAACGAUAACAGCCCCAACAGUAGCAACAACAGCAAUUAAUACUAACCAAAUCGACAAAGUGUCAACAAGAACAAUAUUGACAGCAAGAACAACUGCAGCAAGUGAAGCAACAAUUGCAACUUGCAACGCUAGAGCAACCGUCCAUAAAGCAGCUGCAAGUCCAUUCAACAGCAGCAGCAACAACAACAACUGCAGUAUUACCAACAGCAACAACUAAGCAACAACUAAGCAACAACCCAGCAACAACCCAGCAACAACCAGACAACAAACAGUUUUCAAUAGUGACAAACUAAUAUCAGUAGCAGCAAAAACAACUAACUAUCAACAACCAACAACUGAUAAUCAAGUAGCAACAACCAUGCAACGUCUACGUACAACAUUCACGCGUUCGCGCACUCCCACAGGUGCUGAAAUGAAAAUGCAGAAUAGUCUUGAGGUGCCCAAACAGGUGCGCUCCGCCUCGUUCGAUGAGAUGCAAUUGGAGGCGCAACGCGUGUCGGCACACCUCCUGAAGCAACAAUCGUCCUCGUCAGCGGAUGAGCGAUCCUCGGAGGGAGGAUAUCUGCAAGUGCCGCAGGCGGCGCAUGCCCAAAGAUCGCAUAGCUUCGAUUCGGCGGCUGCGUCGGUGGGAAGCGACGAUUCGGGGGCGUUUUUGGAGGUGCCUCGUCGGCUGAAGGCUAGACGCAGUUCGUCGACAAAGACACCGCCGCCAUGUAUCCAUUGCUAUUAUUUGGAGCAGUACGAGAAGCAGAUGAGUGCCGAACAGCGUUACUUUAUCGAUCAUCGGGAAUUGACGACGCUCAGUUAUAGUAAUACAAGCUCGGAGGUUAGUGAUGAUGAGGACAUUACGGAAGCAUUGGACGAUGAUGAUGACGAGGAUGAUGAGGCGGAUGUGCCAACUGAUGCGGAUCAUGAUGUUGAUCAUGAUGCGGAUGCCGAUGCUGAUGCGGAUGCUUGCGCUGAUGCAGAUGCGGAUGUAGAUGCGGAUGCGAGCGCUGGCACGGAGUUGGACGAUGAUGCUGCCGUUGAGAUGGACAUCCGAAUGUCCAAUCUGAGCAUGGGCAUCAGCAUGGGCAGCAGCAUUGAGGAGUCGCGGACUCGUUUGCCACGUCAGAUGCGUCGGCACACGAUUGGUAGUUCGGUGACCACAUCCGAGGAUGAGGGAUUGGAGGGAUCGGAUCAUGGCUCGCCGCACUUUGGCAACACCUUGUUGCCACCACAACCGACAACGCCGUGUGGCAUUACCUUCACGCUGUCGCCAACCAAUGGCGAUUAUCCACCAUUGCCCAGCUAUGGCUUCCCCAUUGAUCCCACCUCGCCACCGAUCACGCCCACGUCAUCCACGUCCAUCAUCCGGGCCACUGCUGCAUUGACCCUACCGGCGAUUGCAACCGGCGUUGGUGGUGGUGCCAACAUCAAUGCCACCACAUGUGCCGCAGCCGAUGCGGAUGAUGGGGCAGCUAUGGGCAUUCCGAUGCGUCCCAGACGCCGCUCGAUAUCGCGACAGGAGGCGAUCUUUGUGGAGCCCACGGGCAAUUCGCUGGAGAAUGUGUCGCACGAGGAGGUGGACACCAAAUCAUCGGUUGACACUGCCGACUCCCUUGACGAGGCAUCCACCAUGGCGACCUGUGGCUCACCGACGGCCGCCCAGGCGGCUCAUGCUGCGGCAGCUGCCACCGCGGCGGCACAUCAUGCUGCAUUUGUGGUACGCGACAUCUAUUUGACCGUGCCGGAUCUGAAGCGUGAUCGCGCCGCCUCGGUGGAUUCGUGCUUUUCGAAACUCUCAUCUGGUAAUAAGACCGAGGAGUUGCAAUCAUCUGGCGAUGGAUGCUUUCUCACCGUACCCAACGUCAAUGCCACACGCUCCCGAUCCGUCGACAUUGUUCUACCCACCGAUGAGCAGGCUCGCUAUAAGGCUCUCGCCAUGACCGGAAGCGGUGGUGGUGGUGGUGGUAGUGGUGCAACCGCUGGCCUCUAUGCCGAUGGACGCACGGCCUCGUCGAGCAAUGCACGUAGGCCGAUAAGGAUUGUGCCGGACUGGACAGAGAAUGCGGUGCAGGGUGAGCAUUACUGGAAGCCCACCUCGGCCUCUGGCGAUCUCUGUUGCCUCAACGAGGAGUGCAUUAAGAGCGGGCAGCGUAUGAAGUGCUCAGCGUGUCAGCUGAUUGCACAUCAGAAUUGCAUUCCAAUUGUGAAUGAAAAGACUCAACUAGCGUGUAAGCCAACUUAUCGGGAUGUCGGGAUCAGGCAGUACCGAGAGCAGACAACCACCCAUCAUCAUUGGGUGCAUCGCAAGAUGGAGAAGGGGAAGUGCAAGCAAUGCGGCAAGGUAAGUCCCUUUCAUUUCCACUCUAUUAUAAUCCAUCUUAUUAACUUAUCAACGCUGAAAUGUUCACGUUUAUAGGCCGUGCAGAGUAAGCUUUUUGGCUCGAAGGAGAUUGUCGCCUUGUCCUGUGCCUGGUGCCACGAGAUUUACCACAACAAGGAGUCGUGCUUCAAUCAGGCCAAGAUUGGUGAAGAGUGUCGUCUGGGAAACUACGCACCAAUCAUUGUGCCACCAUCGUGGAUUGUGAAGCUGCCCAACAAAGGCAACUUUAAAUCCUCUAUACGUGUGAGCAACAAGAAUAGCGCUGCAGGCGGUGCUGGUGGUGGUGUCGGUGCUCUCGGCGGUGGUGUUGGUGGCGGCGGUGGCGGCAAAAGCAAAAAGCAGGCUCAAAAACGCCAAAAGGGCAAAGAGGAGAAAAAAGAACCGCGCGCGUUCAUUGUGAAGCCCAUUCCAUCGCCGGAGGUAAUACCGGUCAUUGUCUUUAUUAAUCCAAAAUCCGGCGGAAAUCAGGGCGUCAAGCUGUUAGGAAAGUUCCAGCAUUUGCUUAAUCCCCGUCAGGUGUUCGAUCUGACACAAGGUGGUCCUAAAAUGGGAUUGGAAAUGUUCCGCAAGGCGCCCAAUUUACGGGUGCUGGCCUGUGGCGGCGAUGGCACCGUUGGUUGGGUGCUAUCUGUGCUGGACCAGAUUCAUCCGCCACUUCAGCCGGUACCAGCUGUGGGAGUUCUUCCCCUGGGAACUGGAAAUGAUCUCGCCAGAUCUCUGGGCUGGGGCGGUGGCUAUACGGAUGAACCCAUUGGGAAGAUUCUUCGAGAGAUUGGCAUGUCACAGUGCGUGCUGAUGGAUCGUUGGCGUGUACGAGUUACGCCCAAUGAUGAUGUCACCGACGAUCAUGUGGAUCGAAGCAAGCCGAAUGUCCCCUUGAAUGUGAUUAACAAUUAUUUUAGCUUUGGCGUCGAUGCACAUAUUGCACUCGAGUUUCAUGAGGCACGUGAAGCGCAUCCGGAGCGCUUCAAUUCGCGUCUUCGCAACAAGAUGUACUACGGCCAGAUGGGCGGCAAGGAUCUGAUCCUUCGUCAAUAUCGCAAUCUCACACAGUGGAUGACACUCGAGUGCGAUGGCCAAGACUAUACUAGCAAACUACGUGACGCCGGCUGCCAUGCCGUCCUAUUCCUCAACAUACCCAGCUAUAGCGGUGGUACGCAUCCCUGGAACGACUCAUUUGGCCAGACAAAGCCAGCCAUCGAUGAUGGCCUCAUGGAGGUGGUUGGCCUUACCACCUAUCAGCUACCCAUGUUGCAAGCGGGCAUGCACGGCACCUGCAUCUGCCAGUGCCGCAAGGCGCGCAUCAUCACCAAACGCACCAUUCCCAUGCAGGUCGAUGGUGAGGCCUGUCGCGUCAAGCCCUCAAUCAUUGAGAUCGAGCUGCUCAAUCAGGCCCUGAUGUUGUCCAAGCGCAAGCAUGGACGCGGUGAUGUCCAGGUGAAUCCAUUGGAGAAGAUGCAACUGGGAAUAUUGAGAGUAACUAUGCAGCAGUAUGAGCAGUAUCACUAUGACAAAGAGAUGCUACGCAAAUUGGCCAACAAGUUGGGCCAAAUCGAAAUUGAAUCUCAAUGCGAUCUGGAGCACGUGCGCAAUUUGUUGAAUGCCAAGUUUGAGGAGUCCAUAUCCUAUCCAAAGGUCUCUCAGGAUUGGUGUUUCAUUGAUUCAUGCACCGCUGAGCAUUAUUUCCGGAUCGAUCGUGCCCAAGAACAUUUGCAUUAUAUCUGCGACAUUGCCAUCGAUGAACUGUAUAUUCUUGACCAUGAGGCAGCCACAAUGCCACAAACACCGGAUCAGGAGCGUUCAUUUGCGGCAUUCUCACAGCGUCAGGCGCAGAACGAAAGACGGCAAAUGGAUCAGGCGCAGGGACGCGGAAAUGGCAGUACGGAUGAGGACUUGCAAAUUGGCUCCAAGCCCAUUAAAGUGAUGAAGUGGAAGAGCCCUAUACUGGAGCAAACUUCCGAUGCCGUACUACUAGCAGCCCAGAGCGGCGAUCUGAAUAUGUUACGUGCACUACAUGAACAAGGAUACUCAUUACAAUCAGUGAACAAGAACGGGCAAACGGCGCUUCACUUUGCUUGCAAAUACAACCAUAAGGACAUUGUCAAAUACAUCAUUUCAUGUGCAACGCGACGCGUCAUCAAUAUGGCGGACAAGGAGCGCGGUCAGACGGCCCUGCAUAUUGCCGCGGAACAAAAUCGCCGUGACAUUUGCGUAAUGCUGGUGGCAGCUGGCGCCAAUUUGCAGGCUCGCGAUGCAGGCGGUAAUACGGCUAUGAUGGUGGCAUUUAACAAGAAUGCCAAUGAGAUUGCCACAUAUUUGGAAAGUAAGCUGGUUGAACAACAACAACAACAACAACAUCAUCUAGAGGGCGUCGGUUGGACCAAUGUCAUUACCACAAAUUCCAAUUCUAACUCGAAUUCCACAUCGCCGUCGGCCACCUCCAUGUAAAACCCAAAAAAGAAAGCCUAAAGAAACCAAUUAAAUUGAUCCCAAGUAGAGAACUCGCUUGCUGUGCACAUCCAUCAAAGUACUCGUAGUAUAACCAGCGCCCGAAUUAAAAUCAUCUAAGCUUCAGACCAGAGUCCAUGUGGUUACAUCAACUAAUCAGCGAAUUUCCUUCUUUUUUCCCUCGCCAAACCAAAUGGAAAUUGUCUCAACUGAAAUGCUGAUAAAAAACAAAUAAAUAAAAAAACAAUGCGAUUAUCAACAUUCCAAUGCAAACGACAAAUGUGCAACAAAUGAAACAAAUGCUGCUUACCCAAGGUCAAGAGCGUUUCAUGCAUUUGGAGGUGCAAACCAGAAUUUAAAUGUAAUUAAACGAAGCAAAAAAACAAAAAUCUAAAAAAAAGCUUUACCUAAUUUAAGGCGUGUCCCAUUUCGCUUUUGAAUAUUUAUAUACAUAUUUUUUUCAAAUUAAUAAAUUCAUCUAGUUUUAAUUUUUUUUGUUUUGUUAGUGUCAGUAGCAAUUAAAGAGAAAAUGCAGAGUUGCAUUAUAAAAAUGAAAAUUAAUAAAAUAACUUUAAAUUAAUUAUAUUCUUAAGCAACGAAUUCGCAACAUUUAGGCGUUGGUCUUUAGCAACUAAGUGACAGUUUAUUUACUCAACUCAAAAGCAAAAAUAAAAACAAUAACAGAUCUAAGCAACAAGAACAAACAGAUGAAAGAAAAUGCAAUUUUUAUCACUCACCUAAACACAAAGCAGUAAGAAGUGUGUGUGAAAUAUUGUUUUGAAUUCUUUGGCAAACAAAAUUAAAAGAUGAUUAUAUUGUGAUAUCUAAAUUUAAUUGUACUAAAAUCUAAAACAAAAGCUAAAUAAUAAUGCAUAAUAAUGGAAAUCAAAAAACAGAAAACUUAUCAAUUUAUUGGACUUGAGCAAACUGGCCCACGCGGCGUAUGAUUGAUAUUGAUAUUAGCCAAUACGUUUGCUGUAUAUAUGAAAAAAAAUAUUGAUAAAUAAUAACGAUAACAGCAAGUAUAUAUAUUCACACACUUAUAAAUUAUAUAGUAGCACAUACAUAUGCAUAAACAUACGUAUAAAUAAAUAUUGUUUUUUUUUUUUGUGCAAAUUUCAAUUUAUCGAAUUAAGAGAUUUAUGUAAAUCUGUUGUAAAUUGCAAUACAAGCCAAAAGAAAAGCAGCGCAGCAGCAGCAGCAAAAAAAGUAAAAGAAAAUAUGGCAUAUACUUAUUAAAUAGUAUAUGUAUUGUCGUACACAAGCACACACACACACACACAUACACAGUCCCAUGCGCACACUCUUAACUAAGCUAUGCACAACCCAGAAGCAGUUCCGUGUUUCCAAUUCUUCGGUUCUCUGGAAAACCACAACUCUAACUAUCACCAACUAUCUCCCACUAUAUCUCACUGACUCUCGAUGUGUUUCAAAUAGAAUCAAAGACUAACACAGAGACUUAAUCGCCCGUCCUCACCCGCCCGACCCUCAGGCUUUUACCAGCCCCCCCACCCCAAUUAGUCUACGAACAAAGCAAACAACAACAACAUGAACAACUGAAAAAAAUAAAUAAAUAGAAAACACUAUAUAUAUAUAGUACUUUUAUGUAGACUUACAUA